AUGACUCAAAACAUGACAUUUGAUGAUACAAUUGCUUUUACAUGGUAUAGUUUGUUUAAUUGUGUUUAUGACAAAUAUUAUGCACCACACGCAAGUUCGAUGGUUAAUUUAGUUUCUGAAUCAUUUAACAAACACAUCGAAACUUCUGUUUUGUGGGCUGUUUUGUUUAUUGUCGCUUCUAUUAUUACUUAUGUUUUUAUUAUUGUUAGAUUAGUAACAAUCAAGAAUGAUGUUUCUUGGAUGAUUUCUACUUUGAUGUUAUGCAAACCUGAUGUUUUAUUGGCUUCUAAAGCAAUUUGUUCCAUUUUGCAAUCAGAAUUCAAAGAAGUUAAAUCGAAAUCUUCUUUGGCAAAUGAUGAAGAAUUCCAUAAAGAACUCGUGAAUUUGUUCAUCGAUUCUGUUAUUUUCAUUAAUCCUAACUUGACAAUAACAGCUGCAAACCCUGCAACAAAAAGAAUUUUCGACAGCGAAGGAGACAUCGUUGGCAAGCAAAUUACUGAUGUAAUAAAUGGCGAAGAAGGUUCAGACAGUGCCAAGUUCAUUCAAGCACUUUACGAUGGUGUUUCAGGACAUUCCGGAUUGAAGAUAAACAGAACAGUUGAAAUAAUGAGAAGCGAUGGAACACAAGUAUAUAUUAACUUGAAUGUCACUGCAUUUUCAAGGAAAGGAGCUGUUCAGUCAUUGGCUGAUGCAGGUGGAAAUCUGAAGAGUUUGUCAAUUGUUUGUAGAGAUAUCUCUCAGCAAGUAAGAUCAGAUAACUUGCUCAAAGCGGAGAGACAAAGAAGUGAUGCACUUUUAAGACAUAUUUUACCACCUCCGAUUGUCGAUUCAUUGCAAUCCGGUGAAAAAGAUGUCAGUUUCGCUGUUUCAAGUGCAUCAAUCUGCUUCAUGGAUAUUGUUAGUUUCACACCAUGGUGUGGUGCAAAUACUACACAAACGGUUUGUUCGACAUUGAACAAAUUGUUCAAAUAUUUCGAUAUGAAUUUGGCCCAGCAUAAAACAAUGACAAAAAUCAAAUGUAUAGGUGAUUGCUACAUGGGAGCAGGAGGUAUAUUUGAUAAUCCUAAUGACCCGAAGAAACAUGCUUGGGAUUUAGUUCAUUUCGGUUGCGAAGCAAUUAGAUCUGUUCGACAACUCGAUGAAGAACUCGGACAGCAAUUGCAAAUAAGAGUUGGCGUAAAUACAGGUGGUCCGAUUGUUGCUGGUGUUCUCGGUGUUGGAAGACCAACUUUCGAGAUUCUUGGUCCUGCAAUUAACAUGGCUCAACAAAUGGAACAUCAUGGCGUUCCUAUGAAGGUACAUAUUUCAAGGUCCGUUUACGAAAACAUUUAUGAAAGUGGUUUCGUAAUUCACGAGAGAGGUGAAGUUGAAGUUAAGAAUGGAAAGGUUACAACUUACCUUGUAGAUCCUGAUGAAAAUCCAGAUUAA